UCUCUCUCUCUCUCUCACUCUCUCUCUCUCGCUCUCUAUCUCUCUCCUCUCUAUCUCUCUCCCUCUCCCUCGCAGUCUCACACUUCCUCUCACGUGCCUGAUACACCAAUCUCUACGUCAAAGGUGGCUCGGUGUGUUUCUGUUUGAGCACAGAAUUGCCCCAUAAUCCUCUCUCCCUCAUUCCAGCUCUCUUUCUCUCUAUCUCUCUACGGCUCUAUUUACUCACAAACCCUCACACACACACACAUUGCCACAGAGAGCAGUCCCAUCUUUCUAUAUUCUCUGUUUUCUACAUCUUAACCGCAGCUCCAUACACAGCAGCCAGGAUGGAUGUACUAAUGAAGGGAUUUUCCAUGGCCAAAGAGGGAGUGGUGGCCGCCGCAGAGAAGACCAAAGCUGGCGUUGAAGAGGCGGCUCAGAAGACCAAAGAGGGCGUCAUGUAUGUAGGUAAUAAGACAAAGGAGGGAGUUGUAUCAGGUGUCAACACAGUGACAAACAGGAAUACAGAGCAAGCAAACAUAGUUGGCGAUGCAGCAGUGGCGAAUGCUAACGAUUUGGGACAGAAGACUGUGGAGGGAGUGGAGAACGUAGCUGCAUCAACCGGCUUGGUGAAUCCAGAUGAACCUAGAUAUGAGUCGGAUUUCUCACAGGGCGGAAUGGAAGGUGGAGAUGGAGGCCAGGGUUAUUAGGCCUGGAAUCGAAAACCAACACAUUUUUCCUUCCUCUGUCACGCAAUCAGCUUCCUCACUCCAGUCCAGGCAUCCCAGCAACACUUAUACACACAUCUCUUAAAAAUUGUUUCCGUGUGUAUGAAAACCCAAACCUUUUCUUGGGCUCCUGUUUGUUCUGUGUAAUGCUAUCGUUCCCUCAAAGCUCCAGUGUCGGUGUCGUCAUGCUGUUCUGCUGAUGUUGUCACCCCCGGCUCCAGUUACAAAUUUCAUACACAAGCAAUGUUAUGUUAAAUGGCAUAUAUGAAGAGGAAAUCAUGUGUAGUGUGAAAAUUACUGUGGUGCGUUUUUUGACUUCCAGAAAUGUGAUUUAACCUUCAUCUAGACAGUCUAAUUGAACAAACCAAGCAUUUUACAUCAUAUUUUUCUAAUGUGCAGCUUAAACAAGUAAGGGCAGUGAUAUACAGUGUGGGAAAAUUAUCAUGUAAGUGAAGGUUGGGUUACGUUUCACAAGACAUCCAUUAAAGCAUGUAAUUAGUCAAUGUUUCAUCCUUGUAACUGAUGAAUGCAGUCAUUUUUGGAGUUAUUUUUGUCUUUAAGAUGCUGUAUGAGGUGUGUAAACUCAAAUCCAUUACUUUCCUUCAGCUUAGACUAAGUGAAAUCUGUGUGUUUGCUUGAUCACUAAUAGUAGAUUUAUUGUAUAGAGAAUUCUAUAAAGAAAUAAAUAGAUAUUUAUCCAUAUUUAAAUACAACACUAUUUUGUUUAGUGUACAUGUAGCACUGGCAGACAUGUUUCUAUUUCUUUGCUUGUCUUUGUGAAAAGGCAGAAAUCAAGAAGUGAGUAUUUGUUAUUUAUUAAAAAGAAGCAGUGUUUGUCUGAAAAUAAAAGAAAAGCUGGAGGGAGAAAAGAGAAGAAAAAAAAAACAAUCCCAUCUUAUUCGAUUUGAUUUUGAUUUCCCUGCAGCGCAUGUUGUAAAUUCGGUGUGCCAGCAUAGCAGAGAUUUCUAAUGCCUGUGAUGUGAAGCAAUAGUUCUACCACUGCAGAGUUUGUCAGUGGGUUGUUCUGUAGCAAAUUUGCAGUGAUGAUGUUUUAGCACUGUGUUUUAUUAACUGAAUGUCCAGAUGUGUUAAUAUUUGAUGACUUUAUUCAUCUGUUUAUUCUCUUGACAAAACCCCUCAGAUAUUGUGUCCCAGCUCAGCCUGUGUACGCUUUUGUUGGCUUUUAGCAGGGAAAAAUGUUUCAAAUGUCGCUGUGUGUUUUUAGUUUGAAGUCAUCAGAACCUGAAGACUGCAUGUUGCCUUAUCAGCACUCGAAUCGUCACACAUGUGAAAACAAAUUCCGUUUUUUUUUCCUUACAUAAAUUUUUGAAAAUUCACGUACAAACACGCAUGUACACACACACACACUCAUACACACACCCACACAUAAACACACUCCCAAACCUGAUUAAGUUGGCAUCGAAGCAGAAAAGCUUAUUUUAUAGAGUAUAAAUGAAAUUAAAAACUGAAAUAAAGUUUUGUUGAAAUCGAA